UUUGUCCUCGCAUCUUCCGCCACAUGACACGAGCAAGCAAGAAAAAAUUACUGACCAAAGCGUCAAAUACACAGCACUGCAAGCAUGUUUCACUAAUGCUCGGCGACAAAAUACAAAUGGAUGCGGCAUACUUCAGUCUGUCCAUUUACGGACCGCCCGACUUUCUGGACUGGCGUUUCUGCCGUAUCCUUGAGAGCUCCACCUCCAGCUUCCCCAUCCGGCCUCCCUCCCCCUCGCCGCCGGCGGCCAUGGUGGCCGGCGCUGGGUGGGAUGGAGGUCUGGAUCCUAGGUCUAGUAGUGUGUGAGUGUCUUUCUCUGGCAAAUAAAGUGGAGCUGCGUUUUGGAUCUUGUCUAGGUGGUUGUUCAACUCUCCCCUGGGGCCACGCUGGUGGCGAAAAGGCGGAGGCAAGGAUGAUCCCUGGCAGCGGAUCCUUCGGCGGCUUCCCUCAGCCGGAUCCAUGGCGAAGCUUAGGCCCGUCCGGUUUCGUCCCCACUUCUCCCCCCUUUUCUUGCUGUAAUAAAUUCCAAUAUGGUGCGCCAGAUGCUCUUCUUCCUCGAUCUGUUCUUACCACCAUGGUUGUGGGAAGAGAGAUAGAGCAGCAGGAGAUGUACAUGCCUACCACUUGCAGGAGGCCUCGUUGCUACCUUCCUCCACUUGAUGCCGCCAAGGUGGUGGAUGAAGAGGGGUGGGGAAGCACUGAGCUGAAGAUUGAUGGUCGGGUUCGAGCUCAUCAGCAGAGGAUUCUAUGGUGGAGCUACGGCGCCUGCAGUCGGCUGCCGGUGUUCAUCGACCCUCUGCUUCUUCUGGUCGAAGGGCGGCCAACCCCUUUCCUCCUGGCUUGCAUGCCUUAUGGGAGGCAGUUCCAGUUUUCGUUCAGAGGCUAUGGGAUGCACGUGCUGCACCCAUGGCGAUCUCGUCGCCCCAAGUGGUUCGUCCCCGGCGACGGCGAGGUUCAAUCUGAGCAAAGGCUGCCAAGGACCCGAUUGCGUUUUAAUCUUUCAGCUAGGGGUUCUCCAUGCAAAAGUCUGGGACUUUGUUGUAAUCUUUCUUUUUCUUUCGGUCCUGAUGUAAAGUGUGCUUUGAAGCUUAUCUAAUGUAAGUCUGGCCCUUCGGGGCACUUCCCUGUUCAAAAAAAAAAAAUGGAUGCGGCAUUCACCACUGCAGGUUUCGACGCCUACAGCUUCAGCAAAACCACUCCAUCAUGUCGGUAUCUAUGAUCUAUA